AUGUGGCUACUUGGUACAGCACGCGCAAAUCUCGUUUCAUUUUCUCGCCCCGAGGAUGUAAAGGGGGGAUAUGCCAUCCUUUCACACACCUGGCUCCGGCCUGAAGAAGGAGAAGAAGACACCUUCCAGAAGAGCUCCGGGACUUCAUCGUCAAAGUUCCGCCAAUUCCUGAUUCUCGCAGAGAAAGAUGGCUACGAUUACGCGUGGGUUGACACCUGCUGCAUUGAUAAAACCAGCAGUACGGAACUUACGGAAGCGAUCAACUCCAUGUUCCGCUACUACGCUCUCUCCACCGUUUGCUACGUCUACCUGGCCGAUGUAGACGACUUCUCUGACGACUUCUCUCACGAUCUUGCUUCAUCCCGUUUGAGGAGAUGCAGAUGGAUCACUCGUGGCUGGACGCUCCAAGAGCUUCUCGCCUCGCGGGCCCUUUUCUUCUUUUCGAAGACAUGGACACCCUUCGGCAGCAAGUUCGGGCUCUCAGGAGCCCUCAAGGACGCGACUGGCAUCCCUGCGGAAGUCCUGCGAUUUGAAACGCCGUUCGCGGAUAUGAGCAUCGCGGCGCGCAUGUCCUGGGCGUCGAGUCGCGUCACCACGAGGAUUGAAGAUCGCGCUUAUUGUUUGUUUGGCUUGUUCGGGAUCAACAUCCCGGUUCUUUACGGAGAAGGCGGGAACGCGUUCUAUCGACUGCUUGAAGAGAUUAUGAAGAUUUCUGGCGACCCUUCUUUAUUCCUCUUGGCAGUACUGAAGCCUGUUGAGCAGUGA